CCCAUUAUCUGCCCCACCGAGGGGGGUUGGAGUCGCCCCCACUCUGGACGGUGGGCGGCCCGGGGGUGGGGGUUCAUUACCCUGAGCUGAUAGCCACCCCCCCCGUGUCACUGUUUAUCUCCGUGCCAAGGGGCUCCCCCACCACGGACCAGGGCCCCCGCAGGGUGCUAGGCGCUGUACCAAAGAACAAAAAACCCAGCCCUUCCCCCAGAGAGCUUGGGAUCCAAGUCUAAGGUUUUGCUGCCACAGCCCCUGUGAAGUCAUAUGACAUGAGAAGAGUUGAAAUAACCCCACUGGAACAGAGAAAGUUAACCUUUGAUACCCAUGCAUUGGUACGAGAGCUGGAAGUUCAUGGUUUUGGUAAAGAACAAGCAGAGACCAUUGUAUCAGCGUUAACAACUUUGUCAAAUGUUAGCCUAGACACAGUCUAUAAGGAUAUGGUGACCCAAGCUCAGCAGGAAAUAACUCUGCAGCAAAUAAUGGCGCAUUUGGACUCUAUUCGGAAAGAUAUGGUAAUCCUAGAGAAAAGUGAAUUUGCAAACCUGAGAGCAGAAAAUGAGAAAAUGAAAAUUGAGUUGGAUCAAGUUAAACAGCAGCUAAUGAAUGAAACCAGUAAAAUCAGAGCUGAUAAUAAGCUGGACAUAAAUCUGGAAAGGAGCAGAGUGACAGAUAUGUUCACAGAUCAGGAAAAGAAUCUAAUGGAAGCAACUACAGAGUUUCAUAAAAAAGAUUCGAGUACCAACAGUGCUAUUGCAGAAAUCAGUAAUAAGAUUGAUACACAAAUAGCCUCCUUAAAAACUCUCAUGGAAUCGAAUAAACUGGAGACGAUACGUUAUUUGGCAGCUUCUGUUUUCACUUGCCUAGCAAUAGCACUGGGUUUUUAUAGGUUUUGGAAAUAGACCCGGAGGAACUACUGCACUACAAAUAGAGGAAGAAAAGGCUGCCCGCAUCAUGGAACAUCUAUUAGAUCAUACUGUGUUCGCUACUGCGGGUAUUCUUAGUGCCUUUGUUCUUAGAUUGAUUCUUAAUACAUACUAAAAAUAUUCUCUUCAAUAAUAAAGGUCAUAAUAGUUAGGGGCAAUAAUAGGAACCUUUCCUUAACUUAUGGAUUCUUCAGUGGCCUUUUUUCAAAAACCUCAUACAGAAGAAACACUGAAUCUGUGUUUUAUAUAAAAUCAGAAAGUUUUUUGGUAUAGGAACCAAAGAACAUGUCCAAUGAUUAAUUUUGGAAAGGUUCUGUUCUCACGUCCCUGCCAAAGAAAAGUGGUUACCAUCUGAUGUGACCAAAUGCAAGGAGCUAUCCUACUCUGAAAUGUCUGUGCAUCUUAAACUACGGGAGCUGCAUGUUUGUGUUCCAUCCCGAUUCUCCUCUCCCCUGCUGGCUGAGGUAUGUCCAUCUUUAUAAAAUAAAGCCUUUUCAAAAGGAUCCCUUUCACAACAUAAAGCUGAAUCGUAUGGAUUAAAAAUGACCAGUACUGUAAGACUAAAAUGCCCUCCCCUUUUUUGACAGUUUCCUCCACUCAUACAACCAAACAAUUUUUUAAUUCCCUUGUGUAAGGGGAAAUGUCACAUUGGCAAUGUGUGUAUAAUUCCCUGAGCAAGACAAAGGUGGUCUUUUUGACUCCUUUCCAUUGCUGGAGAUACAGAACUCACCUAUAUGGUCCAUAUCCUUUACCUGAAAGCAGAAUCUGCCUUGAAAUGUGGAAAUGUUACAUUUCUUGCAUGAAAUUGCUGAUGCUCUUGCCCUCAGGUCCCUCUGGAAAGCAGGUGAGCACUUCAAUCCUUGGGAAAUAAAUUGGUCCCAUUGACUGUCGUAAACCAAACUCAGAUCAUGAUCUCUUUACCUUCUGCCAAUGGCUAAUAAAUUUCAACAUCAAGACAUGGCAGGAUGGGAUGAUAUUUUUGCAGCGUUUAAGCAACCAAUCAUAUUUUAUUUAAGUCCUUGUCACAAGAGAUUAUUUUUCGUCACAAGUGUAAUCAACAGUGUCGAUGCUUAGUUCCGUUCAUUACAGGUAACUGUGUUCCUAUUGAGCAGAUUUUAACUCUGAGUAGUCUCUGUACAGAGGGAAGAGGUUUUGUAUAGUACAGUAUAGAGGCAUGUUCAGGUGACUGUGUCUUACUGUUUACAAAUUGAAUUUGCUAGUGUCCUGUGAAUUUUACAUUCUCUGUAUGAAAUUCUGGAUUUAAACAGUCCCUUGUAGCAUAAUAAAAUUGUUACAUUGCUGUCCAAGAA